GGGCUUUUGCCAUUUUUUUUUUCAAUCUCACUCCCCUUCUCUCUCUCUCCAUCCACCUCACACUCUCUCUCUCUUUUUUCUCUACUCUCCUUUCUCAAAAAAGCCAUGACGGCGAUCCCGCGAUCCAUCCUCGCCUCCGCGCUUUCUUUCUAUAAUUUCUAAUUUAUUUUAUCAAUAUAUAUCUCUAUUUUUUUUACUCCGUCUCCUCCACUUCCUCUGGUAGAUGUCCAAGGCGUUGGAUGAAGAUCUUUUCUCUCUUUUUUCCCCCCUCCUCCUCUCCUGUCACCCCGGCAUCUCCCCGAUGUGAUCCGCGCUGAACGCAGCCGCUGAACAGCCACCAUGUCUCGCCGCAAGCAAGGCAAACCGCAGCACCUCAGCAAACGGGAUUUCUCGCCCGCAGAGCCCCUCUCCACGGCCGUCGUCUCGUCGGAGGAGCUGUCGGAGCGCUGCUCGGAGCACUCGGAGGACAGCGGCAUUCUUAAUGGGCACCACCCGGCCCCCUUGGUGGGUCGGCUGGCCCGGCUUGGCCCAGACUCUCAUUCCUCUCCAGAGCAGGACCUCCUGACCUGUGGUCAGUGCCAGGCCACCUUUCCUCUGGCAGACAUAUUGCUCUUCAUUGAGCACAAGAGGAAACGAUGCCAUGGCCCUCCCUGCCUCACCAUAGGCAGGGGGCUGGACAAACCCCCUUCGCCCUCCCCAGGUUUGGCCCUCACCCCAUCACCCGCUCUGAACACCCUGCGUGGCCGGAGACCAGUUGAAGUUGGGGUUCAGGCCACACUAGCAGAUGAGGAUGACGACAGGUUCUCAUCGCCUCGAGGGAUUUGUCCAAAACAGGAGCCCCUUCCAGGUAAGGAGGAGCCAACUACGUAUACCUGCACAACGUGUAAGCAGUCAUAUGGCAGUGCCUGGUUCUUGCUUCAGCAUGCCCAGAACUCUCAUGGCUUUCGAAUUUAUCUGGAAAGCGAACAUGGCAGUCCUCUCACCCCACGCAUGGGUGGGCCAUCUUCUCUUGGUGGUGGUGCCGACUGUCCCUCUCAGCCUCCCCUUCAUGGACUCCAUUUGCCGCCUGAUGCAAGCCCUUUCAACCUCCUCCGCAUCCCUGGCUCAGGCUCAGGGGGAAGGGACAGCGUCGGAGCAGGAGGUGCCAUUGGCUCUGGGGUUCCUGGGGGCCAUCAUCAGCGUUUCCCCCCAACCCCACCUCUCUUCAGCCCCCCUCCACGAAAUCAUCUGGAUCCCCACCACCUGAGCCCAGAGGAGCUGGCGCUGGCAGCCCACCACCCGAGUGCCUUUGACAGGGUGCUGCGCCUUAAUCCUCCUCUGCCUCUGGAACCACCUCCGACAAUGGACUUCUCAAGGCGUCUACGGGAACUGGCGGGCAACACCUCAGGGUCUACUCCCCCGUUGUCACCCAGCCGGCCAAGCCCCAUGCAGCGCUUACUGCAGCCAUUCCAAACAGGAGGAAAUGGAGGUACAGGGGGCACAGGGGGUAGCAAACCUCCAUAUCUUGCUACUCCUCCACCACUACAAGGCUCCAUGCAGUCACCUGUGGGUUCACAAACCACUCCUCCAACUCCUCUCCCUUCAGCAGGACCACCCUCUUCCUCCAACACUCAGUUAAAAUCAAAGUGUUGUGAUUUGGAGUUUUGUGGAAGUGACGUCACGCUCCAAAGCUCUAUAGUGCAUCGACGAAGCCACACAGGAGAAAAGCCGUACAAAUGUCACUUGUGUGAUCAUGCUUGCACACAGGCCAGCAAACUUAAACGACAUAUGAAGACCCAUAUGCACAAAUCAUCCUCGCCAAACACUGGCAAAUCAGAAGAUGGUCUAUCUAUUGCCUCAUCCCCCGAGCCUGGCACUAGUGAGCAUAUAGGCAGAGCAAGCAAUGCACUUAAAUCAGUGGUGGCCAAACUGAAAAGUGAAAAUGACCGCAUGAUACGAGAAAAUGGCGAGGAAGAAGAAGAAGAGGAGGAAGAAGAAGAAGAGGAGGAGGAGGAAGAGGAGGAGGAGGAGGAAGAGGAGGGGGAAGAAGAAGUACAGAAUGGGGAGAGGCCACCCAAACUAAACAACAGCUAUCCCUUUGGACUGAAUCUGGAAGCAUCACGACAACAUGAAAACAGCAGUGGUAUUGCAAGUCGACUGGCUGGGGUGGCUGAUGAGGCAUCUAUUCCUCGGUCACUGCCAGAGGUCAUGCAGGGAAUGGGUCUUGCUGCCAGUAUGCAGCAUUUCAGUGAAGCCCUCAAUGCACACAAACGAAACGCAAUGUUGCAAGAGAACCAUCUGCAUCAUCAUCUCAGCAGAGACCAUCACCACAAUCGGGACUUGUGCGAUGGAGACUCUGUCCUGGAAACAGAACGUGUAGAAGAAGGCACUGUUUCCGCAGUAAAUGGACGAGGGGCUUCUCCUAAUGAAUCUUCUUCAAUUGGCCUCUCAAAAAAACUGCUUCUGGGUAGUCCCAGUCCACUUAGUCCUUUUUCAAAACGCAUUAAAUUGGAGAAAGAAUUUGACCUGCCUACCCCUACCAUCCCUAACACAGAAAACGUCUACUCCCAAUGGCUGGCUGGCUAUGCUGCCUCUCGACAACUCAAGGAUCGCUUUCUUAAUUUCGGGGAUUCCAGACAAUCGCCUUUUGCAUCAUCAUCUGAGCACUCGUCAGAGAAUGGCAGCCUGCGUUUUUCGACCCCACCUGGAGAACUUGAUGGAGGAAUGUCAGGCCGCAGUGGGACAGGCAGUGGGGGCAGCACACCCCACCUUGGGGGUCCUGGAAGACCCAGCUCCAAGGAUGGACGCAGAAGUGACACUUGUGAGUUCUGUGGCAAGGUUUUUAAGAACUGCAGUAACUUAACAGUACACAGGCAUAGCCACACAGGAGAGAGACCCUACAAAUGUGAGCUUUGCAAUUAUGCUUGUGCCCAGAGCUCCAAACUUACCCGCCACAUGAAGACCCAUGGUCAGGUGGGAAAAGAUGUAUACAAGUGUGAAAUUUGUCAAAUGCCCUUCAGUGUUUACAGCACCUUGGAGAAAUACAUGAAAAAAUGGCACAGUGACCGUCCCUUGAGUACAGAAAUAAAGUCAGAGUAGAAGGCAGAAACAAUGAGACCUUUUUCCCCUCACAACUGGGUCGCCAACAGUCAAGUGUUUAUUCCUAGCCCCCUUGUAGAUUUGUCCUGAUACCAACACUCCCUCUUUCACCAAACUGGUGGAAGUCUAAGACCAUGUGCUCUGCACCAGCACACCUUGUUUUCAUUACCCAUCGAAUGCAUGAUCUGUAUCGGGGCAAUACUCUUGCAUUGAUGCAAAACUUCGAGCCUUUCUCUUGUGCAAUAAUUUACAUGUUGUGUACUAUUUCCUUUAAUUGAGUUUUCUUUUGCUUUUCAUUUUAAAGAAUUAGUCAGCAUGCAUAGUAUGUUUUUGCUAAUCAAAAAAGAAAAGAAAAAAGAAAAGAACUUGUCCCUUGUUGGUUAGUUGUUGAGUAAAUGUGUUGCUGUUUUUCUCUCAUUCAGUUAUAUUCUUUUUAUUCUUAAAAAAUAAAAA